AUGGCAGAAGGGGACCUAGAAGGGAAGUUGCUGGGUUCAGCUGAUCUCUUGAAUAUCGUCAACGGAGAUCAUGAAAAUAGGGCAAAACCGGUCACAAGUUCGCUCCCGAUGAACGGUGGAAAUGGCAUUUACAGCUACUCCAAGAACUCCUACUACCAGAAACAAUCUGCUGGAGUUGAGAGAGAAAAAAUCAUUGAGGAAAUAAAAGAGAAGCUUGAUAUGAAAACACUCUCUUCUGUUUCAAACACCAUUCGUCUUGCAGACUUGGGAUGUGCCACUGGACAAAACACUUUCAUGACUAUUCAAACUAUACUAGAAGCUAUGCAACGCAAAUACAAAUCCCAAAUAUCCCAAUCAUGCCCGCAUGAUUAUGAUGAUCAAAUGCCUGAGUUUCAAGUCUUCUUUAACGACCUAGAGUCAAAUGACUUCAAUACCCUCUUCACCUCUCUCCCACAAGACCGGCAAUACUUGGCAGCCGGCGUGCCGGGUUCCUUCCACGGCCGUUUAUUUCCCGAGUCGUCUAUUCACUUUGUGCACACCUCAUUUUCUCUCCACUGGCUCUCCAAGUUGCCAGAAGAGCUGCAGAACAAAGCCUCUCCGGCCUGGAACAAAGGGAGGAUCCACUACACGAGCGCCCCAAAUGAAGUAAUUGAGGCUUAUGCUUGCCAGUUUGCGGAGGACAUGGAGAGGUUUUUGAAUGCGAGGGCUAAAGAACUUGUGCCUCAAGGAAUGAUGGUGAUGAUCAUGACUGGCAUUCCCAAAGGGAUGCCUUAUUCUCAAAUUCCAACGGGUAUGUUGUACGAUUCUAUAUCGUCUAGCCUCAUGGAUAUGGCCAAAGAGGGAAUAAUUGAAGAAGGGGAAGUGGACUCUUUCAACUUGGCAUUUUAUGCAGCCUCCCCAGAGGAGAUGGCUGGGAUAGUGGAGAAAAAUGGGUGUUUCGGGAUAGAGAGAAUGGAGCUGACAAACCCAGCAGCAUGGAUGAAAGGUCCCGUUGACAUACCAACUCUGGUGACGCAUGUAAGGGCGGCGAUGGAGGGAAUGUUUUCCAGACACUUUGGAAGUCAGGUCAUGGAUGAAUUGUUCGGAAGAUUGACCCAUAAACUUCUAGACAUUUCCGACCUCAUCAACUCCACAUGCCAGGAGAAAGUUCAGUUGUUUGCCGUUCUUAAGCGUAAAUGA